AUGUCUUGUAUCUUUUGCAAAAUUAUCAAGGGCGAGAUUCCCUCAUUCAAGCUCAUAGAAACCAAGUUCACAUACUCGUUUCUUGACAUCCAGCCUACUGCCGAGGGCCAUUGCUUGAUUAUUCCCAAAUUUCACGGAGCUAAAUUGCACAAUAUUCCCGAUGAAUAUCUUGCUGAUCUUCUUCCCGUGGUGAAAAAAUUGACUACGGCGUUGGACUUGGACACCAACAACACCCCAGAAGGUUCGGGGUACAAUAUUUUGCAAAACAAUGGUCGGAUUGCUCACCAGGUGGUGGACCAUGUUCACUUUCAUUUGAUUCCCAAGAAGGACAGUGAGACGGGAUUGGGUGUAGGAUGGCCAGCGGAGGAGACCGACUUUGCCAAGUUGGAAAAGUUGCACAAGAAGCUCCAGGAAAAGUUGUAG